AAAAUUCGUUGGAUAUGCAAAUGAAUUAAAGAAUCGUAUUCCUGAUAAUCGUUUGCUUGAAGAAUCGUAUCAAGGGUUCUAGAUGCUUCUGUGGUUACAAGUAGAAAGUAGUAAAACACCAAAACGCAGCGCAUCGUGACGUCGUACUCAUAUCCCUUAUCCUUCACUGACUUCGGUUUCCUUCUCGGCAAAAGUUUGCCUGCAAUCAGAGCUCCGAUUACCUGUAUUUCAUCGUGAAAUCUGUUUCUCAGGGUUUCAUUUCAUAGAGUUCGACUAUGGCUACCGCAACUGUGGGAUUCAAAUCUAGAGAGGAUCACCGGAAGCAGUUGGAGCUGGAGGAAGCUCGGAAAGCCGGGCUUGCCCUGGCUGAGGUUGAUGAGGAUGGAAAAGAGAUUAAUCCUCAUAUUCCUCAAUAUAUGUCAUCUGCUCCUUGGUAUCUUAAUUCUAACAAACCAAGUUUAAAACAUCAAAGAAAUUGGAAAUCGGAUCCAAAUUACACAAAAUCUUGGUAUCAUAAAGGUGUAAAAGUCUAUCAGGCUGAUAGGUAUAGAAAGGGAGCAUGUGAAAAUUGUGGAGCUAUAUCACAUGGUAAAAAGGAAUGCACGGAGAGGCCGCGCAUAAAAGGCGCAAAAUGGACGAAUAUGCACAUUGCACCUGAUGAACUGAUAGAGACAUUUGAACUGGAUUAUGACGGUAAAAGAGAUAGAUGGAAUGGGUAUGAUCCAUCAUCGUAUGCUCAUGUUAUUGAGAGAUAUGAAAAAAAAGAGGAGGCCAGAAGGAAGCACUUGAAAGAAGAACAGCUGAAAAAAUUGGAGGAGAAAAAUAAUAAGCAAAAUGGGGAGGGUGAGGUUAGCGAUGACGAGGACUAUGAAGAUUCCCUGAAAGUUGAUGAAGCCAAGGUUGACGAGAGCAAACAGAUGGACUUUGCAAAGGUUGAGAAGCGUGUCCGUACCACAGGAGGUGGAAGCACCGGAACUGUUAGGAAUUUGCGUAUUCGGGAGGACACAGCAAAAUAUCUUUUGAAUCUUGAUGUCAAUUCUGCUUAUUAUGAUCCAAAAACUAGGUCCAUGCGUGAAGAUCCUCUUCCUGAUGCAGAUCCAAAUGAGAAGUUCUAUGGAGGAGACAAUCAAUAUAGUGCGAGUGGACAAGCUUUGGAGUUCAAGCAACUCAAUAUUCAUGCUUGGGAGGCAUUUGAAAAAGGCCAAGACAUCCAUAUGCAAGCUGCUCCAUCCCAAGCUGAAUUACUGUUUAAGAAUUAUAAGGUCAUUAAGGAAAAGUUGAAGUUGAAAAUGAAAGACACCAUUAUGGAGAAGUAUGGAAAUGCUGCAACUGAAGAAGAGCUACCGAGGGAGCUACUUUUAGGACAAAGUGAGAGACAGGUUGAAUAUGACCUUGCUGGAAGAAUUAUAAAAGGCCUGGAGACCUCUCUUCCAAAAAGCAAGUAUGAAGAGGACAUUUACAUCAACAACCACACAAGUGUUUGGGGUUCAUGGUGGAAAGAUCACCAAUGGGGUUACAAAUGCUGUAAGCAAACAAUUCAGAACAGCUAUUGCACUGGUGCAGCAGGAAUUGAGGCUGUUGAAGCUGCGACAGACUUGAUGAAAACCAAUAUCGCUCGUAAAGAGGCCUCUGAAGAGACUGCUUCUCCUGCCAAGGAGAAAAAGCUUGCUACUUGGGGAACUGAUGUACCUGAUGAUUUGGUGCUUGACCAGAAACUUCUUGCUGAGGCACUUAAGAAGGAGGACGAGAGAAAGAGGGAAGAGAAGGAUGAAAGAAAGCGUAAAUAUAAUGUUAGAUGGGAUGAUGAGGUUACUGCUGAGCAGAUGGAGGCACAUCGGAUGAAAAAGAUACAUCACGAUGAUCCUAUGAAGGAUUUUCUCACUAAAUGAUGCUGCCGUCUUAACACUGCCAGCCAAUGGCCGUGUUGUCCUCUUGCAUUCAUGAAUUACUAAUAUUGACUUUGUUUUUGUGUUUCAGCUGGUUGCUGCAAUCUGGAAAAGCUUCAUUAACAUUGCAUCAAGAUGCUGUCGCAGAGGGCUUUUAUAAAUAUUUGGCACUAUUAUUACUGUACACGUAGGAAAUUGACAAUAUUCUUCUGUGGCUACUUUACCCAGUUUGUGUCUAACUAUUUUUUUUAUGUAUGAUCUUUUAGUUGAGCCGAUUGAUACAUUUAAAAUCAAAAGAAGUUGAUAAUGAUGGCAGCAGUAUCAAUUAUAUGGUAUCCAA